AAGCAUUCGCUCCCUAAAAACUAUUUUUUCUGUGCUUCUAGAAUAUUAGAACGUUCACCACACGCGAGACGCUGGUCGAAGCUGCAAAAUAAUCUGAUUCGGAGAUCACAAAUCCAAAGAUAUAAAGUACAGCCCUCGUUUGUUUAAUCAACAUGCUAUGGGCACAUUAGGAAUUGCGGUGAACUCUGUAGCUUGUAAGGAUGAAAGCGAAUCUGUUUUAUCUGACUACUUCUAUUUUAGUCUUCGGCCAUGCGACACCAGCCGUCAGAGAAGACGAUGUGCGACAAAGCGUGCUUGACAGCCUCGGAAACCGUUCUAUUCAAUUGGAAGACAUCAAACUUUCUUUCAGGCAGUACCUCUUUGUUAAGUACAAAUUUGACCUAACUCAGGGUUUCCUUCUUUUACGCAUGGCUGAAGCACGAGAUGCCGAAUGCAGAACCGUGGUGACUAAACGCAACUACGUGUUUACUACCUGCUACUUCGAUAUUUCUCGAAGCGUCGCAAUCUACUUUGUCUCGCCGAUACAAGACACAUCGCAUAACUUGAAAGACUUCAAUGCCAGCGCUACUGUCACGAAAGGCAGCGUACAAGUUUCCAUUACGCUAAAGCCACCUGGUUACAAAGGUUAUGGAGAUCCUCUCAUGGUGACAGUGUAUGUAAGCGCGAAAAGCGUUAACAUCAGUCACCCGCCGGAUAUAUUUGGUUCUUCAAAAGUUCAAAAAAAUUUUCAGAGAAAAGCCCGCACGUAUAUCACAAAAAAGAUCGUGGAAACGUUGGAAAAAGCCUUGAAGAAUGUGGAACAUCGCCUUCGUGAGAUCUGGAGAAAUUCUACAUUGAAAAGCUCAACUGAUGCGCCAACCACUACGACGACAGGUGAACGUUCCUCUGAUGUGGCGAGCACUAUUACCAAAGCGACGACUCAAGAACUAAGCACCACGACAACAGGCACACCUGCAACAGACAAGAAUUCAACGGAAUUGACGACUUCAUCUACCAGCAUAAAUAACUGCUAAUCAAUGUCAAUACAAGCAAUAAAUAGCGAUGCAUGGGCAA